GAGAGAGGGAGAGGGAGAGAGAGCGAGAACACACCAUGGCGACAGCGACAUCCAACCCUUACAUACCGAAUAACAGCAUCUUGUCGUCCAACUCCAUCGUGCACGGCGACUCGGGCGGGAUGCAGCAGACCAACUCGUACCGGGAUCCCAGCAAAAUGGUGCAAAGCGACUUCAUGCAGGGGGCCCUCGCCAGCAACGGGCACAUGCUCAGCCAUGCACACCAGUGGGUGACGGCGCUGCCGCACGGCGAUGCCGGCUCGCCCUGGUCUUCGGCCAUGUCCGGCAGCCCCCUGAGCCAACAGCAGCAACAGCAGCAACAGCAGGACGUGAAGCCGUCGGUGCAGGUGGUGGGUCGGGACGACAUGCGCACGGGGUCCGCUCCUCUCCAUCACCACCGCCCUCCUCACCUGGCUCCCCAUCAGCCGCCUCACGCCGGCCACCCGGCCGCCUGGGGAGCCACCACCGCGGCGCACAUCCAGUCCAUGGGCUCGGCCGGUCAGCCUCUCAUCUACUCGCAGCCCGGCUUCACCGUGAACGGCAUGCUGAGCCAAGCCGGGGCUCAGAGCCUGCACUCGGGCUUGCGGGACACGCCGGAGCUGAGCGACCACGGGCAGCAGCACCACAGCCACGAUCACUCGGACGAGGACACGCCGACCUCCGAUGACCUGGAGCAGUUCGCGAAGCAGUUCAAGCAGAGACGGAUCAAGCUGGGGUUCACUCAGGCUGACGUGGGGCUGGCGCUGGGCACCCUCUACGGCAACGUCUUCUCCCAGACCACCAUCUGCAGGUUCGAGGCGUUGCAGCUGAGCUUCAAGAACAUGUGCAAACUCAAGCCUCUGCUGAACAAGUGGCUGGAGGAGGCCGACUCGUCCACCGGCAGCCCCACCAGCAUCGACAAAAUCGCGGCUCAGGGGAGGAAGAGGAAGAAGCGCACCUCCAUCGAGGUGAGCGUCAAAGGAGCGCUGGAGAGUCAUUUUUUGAAGUGUCCCAAGCCCUCGGCGCAAGAGAUCACCAGCCUGGCCGACAGCCUGCAGCUGGAGAAGGAAGUGGUCCGGGUUUGGUUUUGCAAUCGGAGGCAGAAAGAGAAACGCAUGACGCCGCCGGGAGGAGUGCAGCAGACGGACGAUAUGUACUCACAGGUCGGCAAUAUCUUGUAUUAGAUGUUUUCAAAACGAGCACAAGCAAAUGCGACGAAAAAAACGGACAGUUAUUAGGUAAUAAGGGUAUCUUUUGAUGUGAUCAUUUGAUUGUAAUUUAAUUUCAGUAGUGAUUCCGUAAGAGAUGAUUGAAGAAAUAAAUUUGUUAGAGUCAAA